AUGGCAACACUGGCAGAUACUCUUUUGAAAGAUCUUGAGGAUUUAGAAGAAGAAAAUUUUAACAAUAAUAAUGAUGGAAUAAAAAAAAUAAAGUUCGAAGAACAAUAUGAAGAAGAUGAUUACGAAGAAAUUGUUGAUGCAAUCGAAGAAUUUUUAAACGAUAAAAAAAAAAAAUGUGAACGUAAAAUCUCAGAAUUGCUUUAUGAUGAAGAUUUUCUAAAAACAAUGAAUCAUAUUAAAAAUUAUAUUAUUGAAGAAGAAGCCGAAAAGUUAAAAAAUGAAGAGGGAACAAAGGACACAGAAGAUGGAGACGAAAACGAGGAUAAUAUAAAACGGAAAAAGGCAAAAUACAACAGUGAUGAUGAAAAUCCAUUAAACGACAAUAACCCAAAUGAUGAAGAAGUAUUGAUAGAGAAAUGCAUUGAAUUAAUUAUAAAAAUAGAUACAGAAAUAUUAAAUAUACAUAAAUAUUUGAAAGAUAUAUAUUCAACAAAAUUCCCAGAAUUAGAUUCAAUUGUAUAUACACCAUUAGAAUAUAUAAGUGUUGUAAGUAGGAUAAAAAAUGAAAGUGAUAUAAAAAAUAUCGAUUUUUCGGAUAUCCUCCCCAAUACUACUGUUAUGGCCAUUGUCGUUGCAUCAAGCAUGACAACGGGAAUCAAAUUACCAGAUCACUUAUUGAAAAGUUGUAUGUCUUUUUGUAAUGAAGCAUUAGAGUUAAAUGAAAAUAGACAAAAUAUAUUGAUUUAUUUAGAAAAUAAAAUGUUUUUAUUAGCUCCUAAUUUAACAAUGUUAUUAGGUAGUGCAUUAACAGCUAGAUUAAUUAGUUGUGUUGGGUCAUUAAAAAAUUUAUCUGUUACAUCAUCUCAAAAUCUUAUAGUUGUUGGCAAUUCGAAAAAAUCAAUACUUGGACUUAGUAAUGUUAAUAAAACUUUUGGUGUAGGAAUUUUAAGUACGUCUGAAAUUGUUCAAAGUGUUCCAGAUGCAUAUAAAAAAAAAGCAAUAAAUUUAUUGGCAGGAAAGUGUAGUUUAGCCUCAAGAAUCGAUUAUUUUAAAAAGUAUAAAGAAGGACAAUAUGGAUUAUUAUUACGUGAGUAUGUUAUAAAUCAUUUGAUAAAAUUACAAGAACCACCUCCUAUGAAGCAAAAAAAAAUUUUACCUAUUCCUGAUGAAAAAAAAGGAAGAAAACGAGGAGGGAAAAGAUAUAGAAAAUUAAAAGAAAAAACAGAAAUAACAGAAUUAAGAAAGCAAAUUAAUAGAUUACCAUUUGGCCCCAAUACUAAUGAAGACUUUUAUACAUUUACAGAUCAAAAUACUGCUUUAUUAAAUUCAAAUAUUACAAAAUUAAAAUAUCAAACAAAACAAAAAACAAAUAUUCCAAAGAAAAAAAAUGCAUCUGCACAAUCUAGUGGUGCAACUGGAGGGUUGUCUUCGUCUUUGAUUUUUACACCAUUACAUGGAAUAGAGUUAUUUAAUCCAUCUAUUAAUAAAACGACCAGUGAAACUAGAGAAAAUAAAUAUUUUUCAAGCCUUUCUCAGUUUCGUAAGGUUUGA